AUGUCGUUCGGCAAGCUUUACACCUACCCGGGCAAUCCGCGCUCGACGGCCAUUCGUGCCGUAGCUAAGGCGAACGACCUUGAUCUCGAGAUUGUGCACACCGAGCCUGCCAAGGGCGUCAGCACCGACUACUUGAAGCUCAACAAGCUCGGCAAGGUCCCGACAUUCGAGGGCAAGGAUGGCUUCAUCCUGACCGAGUGCAUUGCUAUCGCUGUCUAUGUCACCUCGCAGAACGAGAAGACCGCUCUCCUCGGCAAGACCAAGCAGGACUAUGCCACCAUCCUCCGAUGGAUGUCCUUCGCCAACACCGAAAUCCUUGUGCCUCUAGGCGGCUGGUUCCGUCCUCUCAUUGGCCGCGACCCAUACAACAAGAAGAAUGUGGAGGAUUCGCAGAAGGCUGCGCUCAAGGCCAUCCAUGUGCUUGAGGAGCUGCUCCUUGUACAGACCUACCUCGUUGGCGAGCGGCUGACUCUUGCCGAUCUCUUCGCUGUCGCCAUCAUCUCCCGUGGCUUCCAGUUCUUCUUCGACAAGAAGUGGAGAGAGGAGAACCCCAACGUCACCCGAUGGUACGAGACGGUCUACAACCAGGAAAUCUACUCUGCUGUCGCCGACAAGCUCGAAUUCAUCAACGAGGCGAUCAAGAACGUCCCGCCGAAGAAGGAGCAAGCGCCGAAGCAGGAGAAGCAGGAAAAGAAGAAGGAAGCUCCCAAGCCGAAGAAGGAGGAGGCCGCUGAUGAGGAGGAAGAGGAGGACAAACCCGCGCCAAAGCCGAAGCACCCUCUUGAGGCGCUUGACAGGCCGACGUUUGUGCUGGACGACUGGAAGCGCAAGUACUCGAACGAGGAGACGCGCGAAGUCGCACUGCCGUGGUUCUGGGAGAAUGCCAAGUUCGACGAGUACUCCCUAUGGCAAGUGGACUACAAGUACAACGACGAGCUUACCCAGGUCUUCAUGACCUCCAACUUGAUUGGUGGUUUCUUCGCCCGUCUGGAGGCAAGCCGGAAGUACAUCUUUGGCGCUGCUUCCGUAUACGGCGUCGCCAACGACUCCGUUGUCCGCGGCGCUUUCCUCGUCCGCGGCCAGGAGGCUCUUCCAGCCUUCGACGUGGCUCCGGAUUACGAGAGCUACGAGUUCACCAAGCUCGACCCGAGCAAGCCGGAGGAUAAGGCCUUCGUUGAGGACAUGUGGUCGUGGGACAAGCCGAUCGAGGUCAACGGCAAGACGUACGAGUGGGCCGACGGCAAGGUCUUCAAGUAA